AUGAAUGAAACAAGAGACAGACCGUCAACAUCACCACGCUCGCCGAUCAAAAAGCUUUCUCGUCCUUCGGAAACAAAUACUCCAAACUCGCCAUCAAACAUAGAGCAAGAGUAUGACCCGUUGAACAAUUUGCGCGUCGAUUUGAUAAAUGACUUUAAUACAAUGGAUCAAUUUACUAAACCUAUCGCUUCCACGCUGAAAGAGGCCUUUACAACUCCGGCUUGGAAUCCUAGCACAACACCGACAAGGAGUGCUUUGCGCAAAAGACCCGUAGAGUUCAACAACAUCACUCCUAUCAACAGUCCCAAACUGUCGUGGCGUGAAGUUUCGGUUUAUUACUUCGGCCGUGCUCAGGGGGUUGACACUGUUCCUCACGAAGGAGAAAUUUCUCUUGGUAUGCAAACUCGUCAUCAUACGCGACGCUCGUUCCCUCUUAUUCGUAAAGGGCAACCUUACAUUGGAAUUGACGACGAGGUGGUCGAACUGUCAUCCGACGAAGAAGAACCACCACAUUUUGAAAGGAAUACCGCCAAAAAGAUCCAAGGAAUGUCGAGACAGCAAAUCGCUAAAUUGCUGAAGGUUUCCGGUGUAAAUGUUGAAAGGGCUGGCCUCCGAGAGCUCGAAUUGUUGCGCGAAAGUCGUCGAUCAGCUGGCUGUUCGUGUCCGAAUGGCAUUUGCCUUCCAGAAACAUGCCAGUGUGCUCUUGACGGAAUCAAAUGCCAAUGGGAUGGCGCCGGACAAGACUAUGGUCCAUGCCCCUGUGACAUUGGCGUCACUUGCGAAAAUCCCGAGGGCCGAGUUGAGUUCAAUCAGGAAAAGGUAGCUGCACAUCAUAUGGCUGCAAGGCAACGUUGGAAAGAUUCACAACGAACGGGUAACUACUCUGCACCAAGCCGUCGCAGGCUCGACAGUGAGGAUCAGACGAAAACCUACUGUGAGACUCCACCAAAUACCGGAGAUGGAUGUGGAUAUCUACCAACUUUACGACUUGCAUCCCUUUCUCGCCUCAACACACCAACAAAGAUCACCGAUUUGGAAACGGAACUACCAAUUAAACUUAGACUUCGACGAUCUUCGUCAACAAGCGCAAUGGAAAAUCCAACCGAAGAAAAAGUUAAAACCCCAAGAAUGCGCCGUUCUUCCUCCGUUCCUCGUUCAAGUUCUACUUCAAAUCUCGCAGAAUGUAUUGAACAAAAUAAACCAGACCUGCCACCUAUUGCACUUGCUUUUCAAACUCCUACUUCAAUGACUGCAUCAGCUUCUUUACAGCGCUCAAUCAGCCGUGUAAUCUCAACUUCUCGUCUUCGACCGGCUACCGCUUCAUUUGUUGAUCUUCUCUCAGCCAGCCGUCAAUCAAAUGCGCCCACUCGGCCUCGACCACAAAAUGAAACCGCAACUCCCUUGAGGAUGAAUUAUGCAAAGGUUCAAAUCCCAUCUCCUCCUCCAAAUUGUAUCAGUCCUGAUGACGAUUUUGAUAGACCGACUCCUUUGCCACGUUUCCCGGUGACACCUGUUUACUCAAGGAUUAAACCAAGUGGUUUGAGUCGUUUAACUCCGGCGGCAUCCAGUGUUCAUCUACAACCCUUCAAACUCAACAACGAAGAAAAUAAUCGGUUGACACCUUCAAAAUCUAUCGCAUGCUUACAAGCACCUACUGCUUCUACAAACUCUUUCAAUUCGGCUAAGAGGUUGACGCCCUCAAAAUCGACCAUUCAACUGCCCAUGACCAAACUCAAUCCGGUGCUAAAUCAAGUGCUUCCAAAUGUCCCACCAAGUCCAUCAAAGAGAGCUCCACCAUCUCCAAGAAAGUUUCCCAAAACUUCAUCGUUGCUAGGC